GGGAAAGAUCCUGAGGUAUUUUGACCACUAACAAGUCUCGGGCGACUCCACGGAAUUACAUCAGUUUGGGUGAAAGUACAAAGGUCCAUAAAUCAUGAAGCCGUUUUGUUGCAUGAGGACCAUCAAAGGUGUUUCCACCUUCUCCGUCAUCUGUCCAGUCAUCUGGUAGAUUCUCGUCAUUCAAGGACAAGCAGUAUUUCUUUUGAGCAUCAUGUUGAAUGAUCCAAUUGAAAUUAUCGUUUUUGUUAUUAUAAGCAUUGGUGGUGGGGCUGUAGUCAUGUGGAUGCUUAGUAAGAUGCUCCAAUUAUGCGUCGGUGCGUCAACUGUCUUGUCUUUCAUCCUGCCAGCCUUAGUCUAUACUGCUAUCAUUUGGAUUGAAUGGGCAAUGUUAAAUCAGGAAACUCCUUUUUUUCAAGUAACCAUCUGGAAUCUUCAAGCAUUUGGGAUUUUGCCUGUGAUGUGGAUUACAAAGUGGAUGCUGAAUAAAUGCAUGGUUUUAUUACUUCCUAUCUCUUGUGGCCACAGAAAAGUUGUCUUUACCGGAAGAAGUUCCGUUCCUCUUCGAGAGAUUAUUUUGACCGUCGACGAAGAAAUUCCAACUGAACAAGACUUUCAAGAACUAAAAACUAACGCUCUACCCUAUUUAUCAGACGUUCAGAAUGCUCUGGAAAAGAGAUGGAUGCCAACGGAUUAUUUUUUCGCAGGAAGCACAGUAGAGAGAUUUGGCAUCGCAAUGAUGAUCUCGCAAGAAGCUAGAUGCUUCGGAUUGGCACCCUUAGGCUCAUUAGAUGCCGACCUCGACGUGAUGUUUUGCUGUUCGGGAGUAAGAGCUUCUUUUUCUGGUCAAGAUGACUUACUUGUUGAGCCAUUUAUUAGUGGAAGGGAAGGCUUCACGGGAUAUGCACAACUUGUUUACUUCACUCUCAGCGUUGAGAAAGUAUUUGUCAGUUCAACUCUUAUCAGACAGCGGGCGAAUGGUGCUGUUCAAAACAUGCCCGUGGACAAUCUACCCAGCGAUACAUGCUGUUUUGGCACAAUCGACUUCGGUCCCAAGGUCAGCUUUAGCUCCAGAGGGCCCACGAUGAAGCUUUGUGUUGCUCCUCUUUUCGAGGCUGACUUUACCAUCUGUAUCCAUUGCCCUGAGUGG